AUGUCUUUGAAAGAUCCAUUUCAAGUCAACAUUCCUUGGAGGAAUAAUAAUUUCAGUCUUUCCAACAGAGAUCCUCCACUGUCGGACCAAGGGGAAACCAUAAUAGGAGUGUACCUGUUGGUGCUAGGCUGGCUGUCGUGGUUUGGCAACAGUAUCGUCAUCUUCGUUCUGUACAAGCAGAGGGCAUCCCUUCAGCCAACAGACUACCUGACCUUAAACCUGGCCAUAUCCGACGCCAGUAUUUCUGUGUUUGGCUACUCCCGCGGGAUCAUCGAGAUCUUCAACGUUUUCAAGGACGAUGGAUAUCUGAUCUCCUCCAUUUGGACUUGCCAGGUGGAUGGGUUCUUCACAUUGGUUUUUGGCCUUGGCAGCAUCAACACCUUGACCAUCAUCAGUAUCACAAGAUACAUCAAGGGGUGCCAUCCCAGUAAAGCUCGCUGCAUUACCAAUACAACUGUAGCAAUGUGCCUGGUUUUCAUUUGGAUUGGGGCGGUGUUUUGGUCUGGAGCGCCUCUUCUGGGCUGGGGAAGUUACACAGAUCGUGGAUAUGGAACCUGUGAAAUCGACUGGGCCAAGGCCAACUACUCCACAGUCUACAAGUCCUACAUCAUCUCUAUCCUCAUCGCCUGUUUCGGCAUUCCUGUCAUCAUCAUGCUAUUCUCCUAUGUGUCCAUCAUCAAUACAGUGAAGCGCGGCAAUGCCAUGUCUGCUGAGGGAGACCUGACAGACAGGCAGAGGAAGAUUGAAAGAGAUGUCACCAUUGUCUCAAUAGUCAUCUGCACAGCUUUCAUCUUGGCAUGGUCGCCUUACGCAGUGGUCUCCAUGUGGUCUGCAUGGGGCUUCCAUGUCCCCAGCCUCACCAGCAUCUUCACACGCCUCUUCGCCAAGUCGGCUAGUUUUUACAACCCUCUCAUCUACUUUGGUCUGAGCUCCAAGUUCCGCAAGGACAUUGGCAUCCUGCUACCAUGCACUCGCGAGGGGAAGGACACAGUCAAGCUGAAACAGUUCAAUCUCAAGGCCGAUGCAGCUGCCCCUGCUUGUCAAGGGGGUGGUGGAGGAAAUGUACUAAAGGCACCUGUUUGCCGUAAGAAGGAUAAGUAUGCACCUGGAGACAAACCCCUCCCAGCUCCAAGCCCAGAUUCUGGGGUGUGUAGCCCCCCUGCCACUCCUCCACCCGUCAACAAGGAGGUUUUCUACAUUGAAAUGCCUCGGCCAUCUGAGGGACCAGAAUUUGAAUGUGACAGGCUUUAAAAACAUUGUAUUUGUUGUACGGUAACCAUAUGCUGCCAUUUUACAAGAAGAGGCUUUGACUUUAGUCAAAUAUUUGAGCUAGUCUAUGAUUAUGAUGAAAUAUGUCGGAAGCAAACAAACCAAUGUAUACAUAUUUUUUUCCAGUUGUAUAAUCUUUCAUGUAGUUGUUAUUGUCAUAUUUCCUAGACUGUUAAAUAUACUGUAAAUAUACUGGGGUGUGUAGCCCCCCUGCCACUCCUCCUCCACCCGUCAACAUAGAGAUUUUCUACAUUAUAAUGCCUCAGCCAUCCGAGGGAC